AUGGCGGCGCUGAAGGAGGCUAGGAGCUACGGGCUGUCGUGCGGGCGGGUUAGCGACGGCAGCAAGGUGUCGGUGUUCCACGUGAAGCUCACCGACAGUGCCCUGAGGGCCUUUGAGAGCUACCGCGCCAGACAGCUGCAUCACCUGGUCAUGCUGGUGGCCGCUCUGCCGCCCUCCAGAUCCUGCUGCAUCUCCACCGGGCCCCCAUUUAGAUACAGGCCUGGAGUCCUGCCUCUCCUUUGCAGGAAGCUGUGCCAGCCACAGAGCACCAGCAGCCUCCUUGGAGACCCUGCUGCCUCCAGCCCCCCAGGCGAGCUUGGGCGCUCGGCUUCACCCCCACAGAAACGGCCACAGCCUCCUGAUUUCAUCGACCCCCUAGCCAACAAGAAACCCCGGAUAUCGCACUUCACUCAGAGAGCUCAACCUGCCAUCAAUGGGAAGCUGGGCGUGCCCGAUGGCCGUGAGGCUUUGCUGCCCACCCCAGGCCCGCCAGCCAGCACGGACACCCUCAGCUCCAGCACUCACCUGCCCCCGCGGCUGGAGCCCCCAAGGGUCCACGACCCUCUGUCCGAUGUCAGCAAUGACCUGGGCCACAGCGGCCGGGACUGUGAGCACGGAGAGGUGGCUGCCCCAGCCCCUACUGCGCGCCUCGGCCUGCCCCUGCUGACGGACUGUGCCCAGCCCAGCAGGCCCCACAGCAGCCCCUCGCGCAGCAAGCCCAAGAAGAAGUCCAAGAAGCACAAAGACAAGGAGAGGGCGUCUGAGGACAGGCCUCGGGCCCAGCCUCCAGACUGUGCACCUGCCACCCAUGCCACCCUCGGAGCCCCAGCAGACGCCCCAGGUUUAAACGGAACCUGCAGCAUUUCCAGUGUUCCCACGUCCACGUCGGAGACGCCCGACUACUUGCUGAAGUACGCAGCCAUCUCCUCUUCGGAGCAGCGCCAGAGCUACAAGAACGACUUCAACGCCGAGUACAGCGAGUACCGCGACCUGCACGCCCGCAUUGAGCGCAUCACACGGCGGUUCACGCAGCUCGACGCCCAGCUCCGGCAGCUCUCCCAGGGCUCCGAGGAGUAUGAGACUACUCGAGGGCAGAUUUUGCAGGAAUAUAGAAAAAUCAAAAAGACCAAUACCAACUACAGCCAGGAGAAGCACCGCUGCGAGUACCUGCACAGCAAGCUGGCCCACAUCAAGAGACUCAUCGCCGAGUACGACCAGCGGCAGCUGCAGGCUUGGCCCUAGCCGCCCGCCCUGAUGGUGGGGAUCUGGGAGGGUGGGGGGAGCAAAAAGCGGGGAGAGAGGAUUUAUUUAAAAAAAUAAACCCGAGGAAGAUGCUCAUCUGAGCCAGCACCGCCGGCUUUCAGGGCAGCCCCUGCAGACGUCUCGCCCUGGCGGGUGGCUGCAAGCCCACCUUGGCCCUCCCUGCACCUCCUGAGCAGUCCCUGCCUAUGACGGGCUCCCCAGAAGCCCACUGCCUCCUCCCUGGCUGCAGCCCCCCGGGUUCAGCCUCCUCUCUCGCCAGAAGACUCCUAGACCCUCAGGGCGGCGCGCCUGCCUUUUCUAGUUUUAUACAAAGACAGCCACUUUUAGCUACUGCUAAUGAGACUUGAGUCUAUUUUUGUACAAAAGAGAAGCAAAAUCUUUUUUCUAAACCUGUGCCUCCCUCUCCUCGGACACCCAGGGUCUAGCCGCUGCCCUGGGUCCUGCCUGCAGUAUUACAGAGGCCGUCGAAAGGUGCAGCCGCGUUCUGAGGGCGCGGGGUCUGGGCACGUGGCCUCUGCUAGUCUCUGGCUCUAUGUUUAGGCACCCCCGUUCCCAGCCUCUCCUCCUCGGGCAGGGUCUCUGCUCCAGCAAGCAAAUGGGGUGGCCUGGGUGGCUAUUUUGAGAACUCCAGCUGGUGUACCCAGGCAGCUGCUCAGAGCCAAGGGGGCAGAGGGCUUUUGGUGCCCCCAGGCCUGCCCUGUUGUUUGAGGCCCUCAGCUGUCAGGGGCCACUGUGUUUCUGUGCUCCAAGUUGAGACUCGGCUGCAGCGGCGUCCGAUUUUACUUUGCGAUGUCCUCGGUUUCCCAUUUGCUGCUGCUGCUCAUUCCACACUGUUGAGACCUUGUAGUCUCGAUGCUGCUGGCCUCCCUCCGUCCCUCUGUCCACUUGUGGGUCCUGGGGUCGUUUUAGCAGAGCCACCGCCAAGGUUUGCACUCAGGGAGGGGCUGAUGGAGGGCUGGGUGCCUUGGGGUCAGGGAGGCCCCAGGGACCCAUGGGCAGAGCUGGGGAGCCAGGAGGAUGGGUCCGCCUGCUCUGGGGGUACAGGCUCUGCAGACACCCCAAUUGCUGCUUUGUUGCUGUGCCUACUCUAGCGUCCCCCAAAGCAUCGGGGGGCCACGCAAGUGUGCGUGUGUGUGCGUGUGUGGGGACCCCCCAGGGCAUGGUGGGGUCUGAGGCGUGUGUUCCCAUUUAGGGCUGAAUGAAGCCAUGACUUGGGAAGGUGGUGGUGGGGGUGGCUGUGACUCAGGGCCCAGGGAUCACAUGGGGGUCACUGCUGCCAUCAGCAGUCAGGCAGGGAGAGCAGAAAUGCAAAAAUACAGAUGUGUCUAUUUUUCUAAACUGGGGGGUGGAGGGGUGCCUCCUGAUGGCUUCCAAAGAGCUGACCAUGGAGGGCCCACAGUGCAUCCCACCCCUGCCCAAGAGUCUCUCUCCUUUGGGACCCCCGGGUUCCCAGAGCUCCGAGGAAACUGAUCCUUCAUGUUUCAAUAGCUGUUGUUGUUUUUCUCUUCUGGGCCGGCCAGGGAAGGGCCGAGCAGGCUCCAGGGGGUCUCCAGGGUCAGCUGGACCCCGCUGUGUUGCCCGCAGCCAGCCCUGCAGACAUGGGUGAGGUGGGAUAAUUUCAGGAGGUCCCAGCCCGGGACUGCCCGCCCCUCUGCCCUGGGAACCAGUCCAAGGGGCUGUCAGUUGAAUUUGCCUUUUUGUUGUUGUUGUUGUUUUUGUUGUUUAUUUGUUCUCCUUUUAAGGGAUUAUGAAGCUAAGAAAAGUUUUGUGUUUUGGGGGUUGGUGGACAAAGUUCUAGCUGAUUAAAUAUGGUCUAACUUAUUGAUACUAUUUUUUUUCUUUUAAUGUACUGUGGAGAAAAACUAUUUUGAGCCAUGGGGUUGGUGUUUACAAGAACUUUCCACUUUUGCCAAAAUGUUACAAUUGAAAGGCAUCUGCGUCUUCAGUUUCCUAUUAUUUUCUUAAAAGAUCUAGUGUCCUUUUUGUACACUAAACAGGUGAAUGCUGACUUUUUUCAUUCUCCAAUAAAUUUCACUGAACUGAA